GCCUGUCAAACUCAAACCAUAGAUAGACAUACGCGGUUUCCAAGUGGCGAUGUGACUACUUUCUAGUUCUGCAUUCUGCAGUAGGAGACUACUAAAGCAAACUCAUGUCUGCGAACACGGCACUGCGGGUCCUUUGCCUUCAUGGUUACCGUCAGAAUGCGGUCAGCUUCCGAGAGAAAACGGGAGCUUUACGAAAACUGCUGAAGAACCGGGUAGAGCUGGUGUACAUCACAGCUCCACUCGAAGUCCCAAGUCAGCUGGACAAUGCUCAGGGCUGUGGGCAGGCUGGUGAAGUGACCGCUGAGGCCCUGCGGGGCUGGUGGUUCUCUGAUGGUCAGCAGCGCAGCUUCCACGCGGGGCAGGAGUGUGAGGAGAGCGAGGGCCUGGAGGCCAGUGUGGAGGUGGUGCGGGCGGCGGUGCGCGAGCAAGGCCCUUUCGACGGCGUCCUGGGCUUCAGUCAGGGCGCCGCCCUGGUGGCCAUGCUGCUGGCGCUGCAGGAGAGCGGUCAGGAGCCCGAGCUCUGCUUCCACUUCGCCAUCAUCAUCUCGGGCUUCCGCAGCGCAUGCGCCCAGCACGCACGCUUCUACAGCACCCCCGUCGCCACGCCGACGCUGCACGUGUUCGGGGAGGUGGACGCGGUCAUUCCCAUCCAGAUGAGCCGGGAUCUCCUUGCUGUGUUUGAGGAACCCGACGUUCUGACCCACUCAGGAGGACAUUUUGUUCCGGCAGCUUCUGCGCACAAAUCAGUUUACCUGAACUUCAUCCAGAGGUUUCAGAAACAGACCUGAAGUCUUGCUCUUAAUACUUAUUUUCUCAGGGUCUUCUGUACUGUGGGGUUUUUGACUUGAAAUAAAACUGUCGCUGUAA